AUGGCACCACCGACCCGAAGGCGCAUCUACAGUCUUUCCAGAUCGCGAUGGGAAGGUGCAAACUCAUGGAACGUGAACGAGACGCUGACUAGUGCCUCCUCUUCGUCAAAAACCUCAAAGGGGCCGGAAACCUCAAACAUGGACCUUUGGAGUCUAUCUCAAAGAGAAGACGAACCACUCCGUGAAUUCAUGAACAUGUUCAAGCUGGUAAUGGCAAGAGUCACUGGAAUCAGCGACAAAGUGGCAGUCGACGCUUUGCGGAAAACUCUCUGGUACAGGUCAAAACUCCGGCAAUGGAUAUCCCUUGAAAAACCGAGAACAAUCCAGGACGCUCUUCACAAGGCAACGGACUUCAUCAUGAUUGAAGAAGAGAUGAAAGGAAAGACUUCCGGAAAUUCCUGGACUAGGAACCAGUUCAAGGAUAAUUCCUACUGCAAAGUUCUCGGCGCAAGGUUUGCUGCGAAGCUCCUCGCCGGCGAAAUUUCGAAGGUCACAUGCAUAAAAGACCUCCUCCUGGAUUCCAAUCUCCCUCCCAAAACUGACAAAGAGUCCCCCGAAAAUGACACCCGCGAAAAUCAGUCGGGCGAGAAACGCGGAAGGAGGCAGGAUGACCGAGGAAACAACAACAACCGUCGAAGGGCUGAGGCGAGUUCAAGCUGGCUGGCUCGGUCCCCAACCGACGACGCCCCUAAUGACAAGAUCGUCUUCGAAGAGCGAGAAACCAUCGGAAUCGACAAACCUCACUGCGACCCAUUGGUUAUCGAUCUGGUAUUCCAAGACCUGGAAGUGGGGAGGAUCCUUAUUGACAUGGGAAGCACAGUCAACGUCAUCUUCCGCGAUACCCUCCGGAGGAUGAACAUUGAACUCGGAGAAAUCAAUCAAACUCCCAGUGAUGGUAAAGAGGUGACGAAAAUCAUUGACUUCGCGGUAGUCAAUAACCCGGUCAUCUACAAUGUCAUCAUGGGAACUCCUUGGAUCAAUGCCAUGAAAGCGGUACCGUCGACUUACCACCUUGGCAUCAAGUUCUCAACUCCAAACGGAACAGCGGUAAUCUGGGGAUGCCAGGAACAGUCUAGACUCUGCUUCUUGGCCGAGCAUAAACUACGACAAACUCGGAACACCCCCGUGGUCAACCCGAUGCGGGCUAAGAAAGCUCAAAACGCUCCCUAG